GUAGAGCUAAGAUGGCGGUGGUGGCAGCGCGGGCCGGGUCGGGGGCUGGUGCAGGCGGCGGUGGCGGCAGCAGCAGCAGCUACCAGCGGGGAGCGGUGACGGCGUGAGCGCGGCGGCGGCCGGUCCCCUGCACUUCCCGCGGCGUCAUGGAAGCGGCGGCGGGGGGCGAAGACGGCGAGGAACCCCCGCGGGAGGCCCGCGUCGUGGGUUCCGAGCUGGUGGAGACCUACACGGUAUACGUUAUUCAGGUCAGUGUUGGCAAUUAUCAGUGGACAGUCAAACAUCGUUACAGUGAUUUCCAUGACUUGCAUGAAAAGCUUGUUUCAGAAAAGAAAAUAGAUAAAAAUCUGUUACCUCCCAAGAAGAUUAUUGGAAAAAAUUCCAAAAGCCUGGUGGAGAAAAGACAGAAGGAAUUAGAGGUCUACCUGCAAACCCUGCUAGUCAAGUUCCCCAUUACAGCUCCAAAAGUUUUGUCACACUUCCUACACUUUCAUUUAUAUGAGAUCAAUGGGAUCACUGCUGCGUUGGCUGAAGAGCUCUUCCACAAAGGAGAGCAGUUAUUAAUGGCUGGGGAAGUCUUCACCAUCAGACCCUUGCAGUUAUAUGCUGUCACUCAACAGUUGCUACAGGGGAAGCCUACAUGUGCUAAUGGAGAUGCCAAAACAGAUCUAGGUCAUAUUCUAGACUUCACUUGUAGACUCAAGUAUUUAAAGGUCACUGGAACAGGGGGACCUUUUGGAACCAGUAACAUUCAGGAGCAUCUCUUGCCUUUUGAUCUGUCAAUUUUCAAAUCGCUUCAUCAAAUAGAGAUCAGUCAUUGUGGGGGAAAGCUUAUCAAAGGGCUGACUUCAUCAAAACAUACUCUGGCCACAAUGAGUAUUCGAUUUUCGGCAACAUCAAUGAAGGAAAUCCUAGUGCCUGAGGCCUCUGAGUUUGACCAGUGGGAGCCAGAGGGUGCAACUUCGAGUUGUCCAGUGACAGCAGUUAUCCCAACAUGGAGAACUUUAACAACUUUGGAUAUGAGUCACAAUAGCAUCUCUCAAAUUGAUGAUUCAGUGAAAUUAAUUCCGAAGAUUGAAUUCCUGGAUUUGAGUCACAAUGGGGUGUCUCUGGUAGAAAAUUUACAGCAUCUCUACAACCUUGUUCACCUGGACUUAUCCUACAACAAGCUUACAUCACUAGAAGGUGUUCACACAAAACUGGGAAACAUCAAAACUCUGAAUUUAGCAGGAAAUCAGCUGGAAAGGCUGUGUGGUCUUAACAAACUGUACUCAUUAGUCAACUUGGAUCUGAGCAACAACAAAAUAGAACAGAUUGAUGAAGUGAAAAAUAUAGGAAACCUCCCAUGCUUAGAAAAGGUGGUUUUAUCCAGCAAUCCAUUGAGCAUCAUCCCUGAUUACCGGACCAAAGUACUUGCUCAGUUUGGGGACAGGGCCUCAGAGGUCUGUUUGGAUAAUAUUGGUACCACAGAAAAGGAACUAGACACUGUGGAAGUGCUAAAAGCUAUUCAAAAAGCAAAGGAGGUGAAAUACAAGCUGAGCAACUCUGAUAAAAAGAUCAGUGAGGACUCCAGGCUCACUGCCGCCAGCUCCAAAUCAAACUGUUCUUCUCUUACUGUUCGUCCUUCCUCUCCCUCUCUGCCUCGUCCUGUCAGCUCCAGCCAAGAAAUAAUUUGUGAAGAAACAGUCCUAGCCAGCAGUUUUUUGCAGUCCAGUGGUUCGACUCCUACAGACCAUACAGUUCCCCAGAGAUGCUUUGAAAUACCAGACUCCAGAUGUAAAAAUCAGGCACCUGUGCCUCUACUGGAUUCAUGCAAAAAGUAUGGAAGUGGUCAUCAUAUGUGUUUGAAUCAUUCAGAAGAACACUGUGUGGUGCCUGACCCCUGUAACACCAUCAUCUUGCCUUUUAAUUGUAUGUCAUACACUGCCACAAACCAAGAUUUUAUCCAGCACCUUUCUGCCUUGAUAGUGCAGACUGUGCAGAGAUCGCCCCCCUCCUUUACAGAGAAUAAAGGAAGCCCUCCUGGUGAUUCCAGAACCACAGACAAAGAAGAUGGAUAUUUUGAAAUGGGACUUAAUGAAGGAGAUCAGACUUUUGAGUUCAGCACUCCUUCAGAUACUCAGUCAUCUGACAACAUAGCAGUCGAGAGUGUUGACAUAGUCAAAAUUCUCUGGAGUUUUUCUAUUCACAUUCAUAACGGACUCAGGCAGUUUGCUUCCUGUUUGGUUUUGACUGAUGACAUGCUAGCUGUGUUUGAGAUUCCUCAUCAGGAAUUGAGAGGAAAUUGCCAGCACAUCUCUUCUGCCUUGAAAUUAACGCUGUGUUUUCCGUAUACUGAUCUAACAGAAUUUGGCUUUCUCCUGCCAGAAAUCUGUUUAACCCUGAAGCUGAAAAACAGUGAAAACUACUUGUUUAUUGUUUCAGACUCCCAGAAUCUUCAAGACUUUUAUUCUUGUUUACACGCGUGUUGCUAUCAACACUACACAUCAGUGUUACCAAGCUCCACGUUGUACUGUGGAAAAGCAAACCUCCAAGAGUUUCUCUGUCAGCUUAUGGAAUUGAAUUGCAUUUCAGCAGAAGAUGUUGAAAUAAAAGGUUGUUUCCCAACCUAUCUUGUUUGUGGGAAUAAAACCAGUGUUCAGAAAAUCUUGCAUCCACCAGAGUCAGCUGGCAAUAACAAAGAACGGUCAAAAAAUGUUUUGUGUUCUGCACUUUAUUCUUCAGUGUAUAAAUCUUCUGACCAGGGUCCCUGUGUGGUUCAUCCGUGUUGGAUAUUUCUGACACCCCAGUAUUUGUACAUAGUAAAGGUGGAUUUCAGUUUACUGCCAGGUAAAUGGGUAGGCACAGAAGACUUGGAAAGUGUAUUUAAGCUGAAUAGGAUUCCGUUAGCAUCACUUGUGUUGCAUCCAACUCAUGGUUCCACCCAGCAGAAGGGUUCAUUUUCGGAUGGGCACGUGUUGGAGUUGCUCGUUGGAUACAGAAUUGUUACAGCAGUGUUUGUUCUACCUCAUGAGAAAUUCCACUUCCUAAGAAUCUACGGUCUUUUAAGGACACUCCUGCAGGAUGUUAAGACUAUUAUUAUUUUCAAAGCUGCAAACAAGCCAGAUGCUGUAAGAAAUCAUGUUGUGGAGGCAAACAGACAUGGUCAGUCAGCAAGCUUUUGCAAGCCUCAUCUGACACUGUCAUCUUUAUAUCCAUCUGAAUUUCUUAUGCAGAAGAUAACAGAAGAUAACCAGAUUCCUGUUCACCUUCGUGUUUCUGUGUCUCUGCAGUAUGUGGCUGGGCUGAAAGGAAAUGCCCUAGUUGAGUUUUUCCAUGGCAACAUUGCAGAGGUGGAAAACGAAGAGUUGAGACAUCUUAUGUGGUCUUCAGUUCUGUUUUACAAGACUCCCAAUGUGGAAGUGAUGGCUUGUGUGCUUCUGUCAACAAAAGCUAUUUACUUUCUGUUGGAUGAUUCUUUCAUUCAUGCUGAUGAGCACCAGUCAGAUUUUUGGAACAAAGAAAACUCAGAUUGUGAAAAUAGUUCUUUCCACCUCUCUUGCUGCUUUGUGCUAAAACUUAACGACCUGCAGUCAGUAAAUGUUGGCCUGUUUGACCAAUACUUCCGAAUUACUGGACACUCUGCAGAUCAUAUAGUCACCUGCCUGACAAGAGACAGUUACAACACUCACACCUUCAUACAGCAGCUUAUGGCAGUUCUGUCACUGCUUGCACGCACACCUUCACCUGAACCAGUAGAUAAAGACUUCUACUCUGAAUUUGGGAGUAAGAACACGGGAAAAAUGGAGAAUUAUGAACUGAUUCACUCUAGCAGAGUAAAAUUUAUUUAUCCAAAUGAAGAGGAAAUUGGGGACCUUGCUUUUCUAGUGGCAGAGAAGAUGGAUGGUUUGACUAAUCUUCAGUCCCUCAACAUCCUUCUGUAUGUGUUGGCAUUUCAAGUAAAUCAUGUUGAAGGAUCUGCCCAAAACACUAGUUCGCUUCAACCUAAAACACUUAUAUUAACCAGCUCUGAUUUGUUCCUCUUUGAUGAAGAUUAUAUCAGUUACCCACUACCUGAAUUUGCGAAGGAACCACCAAAGAGAGAUAAGUAUCAGCUUGUAGAUGGAAGACGAAUCCGGGAUUUAGAUAGAGUACUGAUGGGUUAUCAAACAUAUCCGCAGGCCCUUACAUUUGUGUUUGAUGAUGUUCAGAAUCAGGAUCUGAUGCAGAAUUUAACACUGGAUCACUUUGGAGAAACCGAUAGUGCCCCAAAGGGAAAUGCAAAACAAGAAGGCAGCAGGAGCAGAGAGAUCCAGUGGUACAUCUUUAUCCCAAGUGCAGAAAGCAGGGAGAAAUUAAUUUCAUUACUUGCAAGACAGUGGGAGAUCUUGUGUGGUAGGGAACUGCCUUUGGAACUCACUGGGUAAUUAUUGCACAGCUAAUUGAUUUCAGUGUCUGUUAUAAGGUAAAGCACAGUGUUUAAAUAGGUAGCGUCUGUCAAGUUCUGGUUUUUUUUUUUCAAUAAGGAGCUGACCUGGACUCCCUUGCUCCCUAGUGCACUGAACAUUUAAUAGUACACAGAAAUAUUCUGAAGUGUUAACUGGGGACUGAACUUCUUGUAAAUUCUAUUUUUUAUGCAAUAGUAUAUAGUAAAAAAAAAAUCAUGAGACAUCCUGGGAAACUGUAUGGAAAAAUUAAGGAGUCAACACUAGAUAUGCUGUCGUCUAGGGCUGUUAAGGUUUCCGCUAUUUUUCUGUAUAUAUCAGUCUUGCUGUUCUAUACAAAUUCUAAUGUGUAAAUAAGGGUAAAUGCUCGUGUAUGUUGAAGUGCAAUGUUCUUUGUAUGAGAAGUAUUUUGGGUAUGCUGCUAAUGCUUAUUAUUUAAUGAUCUUAGUUUUACAUAUGUUUUCAUUUGGAGCCAAAUGUAAUUAUUUGCUGCCAAUCAUGAAUUUAGCAGUAAAAUUUGAGCCGCAAGCAGGUGACGUUUUCAUAUGAAAUUUGUUUCCUGGGCAUUCUUUUUCCUUACCCUAGGAUAAAGAAUAAUUGCCUGUUAAAGAUCCACUCAGUGUCAUCUUGAAAGUGGAAAUACCAAACAUGGGUAUGUGAGCAUUUUGUCAGCAAAUAAUGAAUUUGUAUCUCUGAACACAAAGUCUUUCUUUUGCCUAUUUUGUCAAUACAAAUAAAGUGUAAUUUGACAGUU